AAAUACAUAUUGAUUGUACAAAAGAGAGAUUGCUGUUGCAACUUACAUUGCCCAAUCGGCGGAGGCGGACGGCGACGGCGUACUAGGUGAAGAAGCUGAGCACUGAACUGAAGAAGGGAACAGCCGAGACCCGAGAGUGCCGCGGAUUGCGGCCGACCGUUCGGCGGGGGCGGUUAGCCGGUGACUGGUUGUGAAAGGCGUGCCAGUGAAAGGGGGCGGUUAGAUUUUUUCUUUUUGUGCUAAAAUGGGUGAGUCUGAUACCCGAAACCUCCGAAACAUAUGCAUAUUAGCACAUGUAGACCAUGGUAAAACAACACUUGCUGACCAUCUAAUUGCCGCCACUGGUGGUGGUUUUCUCCACCCAAAACUAGCGGGUAAACUUAGGUUUAUGGAUUAUCUUGAUGAGGAACAAAGGCGUGCCAUUACAAUGAAGAGCUCUUCCAUUGCUCUUCAUUAUAAACACUAUUCAAUUAACUUGAUUGACUCCCCUGGUCAUAUGGACUUCUGUAGUGAAGUCUCGACCGCUGCCCGUUUGAGUGAUGGUGCCUUGGUUUUGGUUGAUGCUGUUGAGGGUUUUCACAUUCAGACUCACGCUGUCUUGCGUCAGUCUUGGAUUGAGAAGUUGAUGCCAUGUUUAGUGCUUAAUAAGAUUGAUAGGUUGAUUUGUGAGUUGAGGUUGAGUCCAAUGGAAGCUUAUAAUAGGCUGUUGAGAAUUGUUCAUGAGGUUAAUGGGAUUAUGAGUGACAAAGUGGAUUCUAUACUCGCGGGGCCUUCCGAGAAGCUGUGUGAUGAGAAUCUUGAGUUUAUAGAGGAUGAUGAGGAAGAUACAUUUCAACCCCAGAAGGGGAAUGUAGCAUUUGUUUAUGCAUUGGAUGGAUGAGGUUUUACAAUUAGUGAGUUUGCUGAAUUUUAUGCUACAAAGCUUGGAGCUAGUACCGCUGCAUUGCAGAAGGCUUUGUGGGGUCCUUGGUAUUUCAAUCCAAAGACGAAGAUGAUUGUGGAGAAGAAGGGGAUAGGUACAGGGAGUAAAGUGCGGCCUAUGUUUGCACAGUUUGUGCUUGAGCCAUUGUGGCAAGUUUACCAGGCUGCUUUAGAGCCAGAUGGGGAUAAAGCAGUACUUGAGAAAGUGAUUAAAUCGUUUAAUUUGUCUAUACCACCUCGUGAGCUUCAGAGCAAGGAUCCAAAAACUGUGCUUCAAUCAGUUAUGAGCCAUUGGCUUCCAUUGUCAGAUGCAGUCUUGUCAAUGGUAGUGAAGUGUGUGCCAGAUCCAGUUUCUGCUCAAUCUUUUCGUAUUUCACGUUUGCUUCCAAAUAGAGAGAUUUUAGAUUAUGAUGUUGAUAAAAAUGUACUUACGGAGGCAGAUCUUGUGAGGAAGUCAGUUUAGGCCUGUGAUUCAAGCCCUGAAGCGCCAUGUGUUGCUUUUGUUUCCAAGAUGUUUGCUGUCCCAAUAAAAAUGCUGCCUCAACGAGGUUCAAAUGCGAAGAUUUUGGAUAAUUAUUCUGAGAAAGGCUGAAAUGGUGAAUCAGAUGAGUGCUUCCUUGCAUUUGCUAGGAUCUUUAGUGGAGUUCUUUAUUCAGGGCAAAGGGUUUUUGUGCUUUCAGCUUUAUAUGAUCCAUUAAAGGGGGAAUCAGUGCAGAAGCAUAUACAAGAAGCGGAGUUGCAGUCCUUAUAUCUAAUGAUGGGUCAAGGCUUGAAACUAGUGGCUUCUGCCAAGGCAGGGAAUGUUGUGGCUAUCCGAGGCCUUGGUCAGCAUAUAUUGAAGAGCGCAACUCUUUCGUCUGCAAGAAACUGUUGGCCUUUCUCAAGUAUGGUAUAUCAGGUCUCACCAACUUUAAAAGUUGCAAUUGAGCCAACUGAUCCAGCAGAUAUGGGUGCUUUAAUGAGAGGAUUGUGGCUUUUGAAUCGUGCAGAUCCAUUUGUAGAGGUUACUGUUUCAUCUAGAGGGGAAAAUGUGCUUGCUGUUGCAGGAGAGGUUCAUCUAGAAAGAUGCAUAAAGGAUUUGAAGGAGAGGUUUGCUAAGGUAAGCUUGGAAGUCUCUCCACCUCUUGUGUCCUAUAAAGAGACCAUUGAGGGUGAGGGUGAGGGUGAAUCAUGUAAUCCAUUAGAGAAUCUGAAAUUAUUAAGUGGGAGCUCUGAUUAUGUUGAGAAGAUGACUCCAAAUGGCAGAUGUGUUGUUAGAGUGCAAGUCAACAAACUUCCUCUUAAUGUGACUAAGGUGCUUGAUGAGUGUGCUGAUUUGCUUGGUGGUAUUAUUGGAAGGCAAAGCAUCAAAUGCUUGGAAACCCAGAGAUCAAGCAUUGAUGAGGAAGAUAAUCCAAUUGAAGCUUUCAAACAGCACAUAAUGGAUGCAUUGGAGAAUCAUAUUUCCUCUGGGAAUGAGAUUGACAAGGAGCGAGUGGAGAAAUAUAAAGCAAAGUGACAAAAGUUUCUUACAAGGAUUUGGGCAAUUGGUCCAAGGCAUGUUGGUCCUAACAUCCUCUUCACACCAGAUUAUAAAAGAAAGAAUACUGAUUGCUCUGUUCUUAUAAGAGGUUCUGCUCAUGUGUCUGAGAGAUUAGGCUUUGUGGAUAAUGCUAAUGAUAUCAAUAAUGAUGCUGAUUCAGCUGCUGGGACAUUGUUGGAAGUUACUCAAGCUUCAUCAUUGUGCCAAGAAGCACAGAGUCUUCAGAGCAGCAUAGUUUCUGGAUUUCAGCUGGCUACUGCAGCUGGCCCCUUAUGUGAUGAACCAAUGUGGGGAUUGGCAUUUGUUGUUGAGGCUUACAUCUCUCCCUUGGCAGGGCAAGCUGAUGAGCCUGAAUCUUUACAACAAUCUGAGCAGUAUGGCAUCUUCUCUGGGCAGGUUAUGACAGCUGUUAAAGAUGCCUGUAGAGCAGCUAUGUUGCAGAAGAAACGGCUUGUUAAGGCCAUGUAUUUUUGUGAGUUGAACACCCCAACUGAAUAUUUGGGUCCUAUGUAUGCUGUGCUUGCUCGAAGGCGAGCCAGAGUCUUGAAGGAGGAAAUGCAGAAAGGGUCUCCGCUUUUCACUGUUCAUGCUUAUUUGCUCUCUGAAAGUUUUGGUUUCCCUGAUGAGCUUAGGAGAUGGACUUCAGGAGCUGCAAGUGCCCUUCUUGUCCUUAGUCAUUGGGAAGCACUUCCAGAGGAUCCUUUCUUUGUGUCCAAAACAGAAGAGGAAAUUGAAGAGUUUGGAGAUGGUUCUAGUGUGCUGCCCAAUACAGCAAGAUAACUCAUUGAUGCUGUGAGGCGACGGAAGGGCCUCCCUGUGGAAGAAAAAGUAGUGCAGCAUGCAACAAAGCAGAGGACCUUGGGUCGUAAUGUUUAGUAAUUAACCCAGUUUAACUAAACCCAAUUGAGCUUUAUAAGAAUUUGAUGAUAGAAUUAACAUCAGUUUUGUAGUGAAGGGGUUAUAGUGUAUAAAAAAAUAUGUUCUCAGUUUGAUUGAUUUUCAGAUUUUUUUUUUUCUUUUGCCCUUUUCCAAUUCCAUUCAAUAUGCAUCCAGCUCUUCAAUAUUGCUGCUUUCGCGAGAUUAAGCUCUGUACUUGUAAUAUUGU